AUGACGUUAUUUGGGGCAACAGAAGCGCGUUCGAGUUCGUCACAGAGUUUUACUUUAACGAAUUCGACUAAUUCGGUCCAGUCUAGUCAGCAAUCGAGUGGCCGUCCACCUGUAGGUGGAAUUCCCGCGCAGAUACAUCCAAUGGCAAUGCCAGGAAUAUUCGACAUCGAGAAACGCAGAGCAAAGACGAACAACAUGUCUCACAGUACCGACCUCGAUGUGCUCGAAUUCAUUCGACGCCAUUUGCUUCGUGGUAAAAAGGAGUACCACUACUCGGCUGAUCAGAUCGAGCAAAUAGCGCACUUGGCGAUGGAGUCAUUUGAAGAUCAACAAACACUCCUAGAGUUGAACGGGCCAAUAUUUGUGUGUGGAGAUAUUCAUGGGCAAUAUGCUGACUUGCUGCGUAUUUUUCAUGCUUGUGGACCACCGCAUAAAAAACGCUAUCUUUUUCUCGGAGAUUAUGUUGAUCGUGGAAGAAAUUCUCUUGAGCUGAGUCGUCGCUUUGGGAACGACCGUGCUGAAGAACUUUGGCUGAAAUUCAAUGAUGCGUUCGCCUUCAUGCCUCUAGCUGCUACCAUUGGAGGAAAAAUUCUUUGCAUGCAUGGUGGCAUUUCGCCCCAUUUGCAGUCGUUGAAUGACAUUCGAGAUCUGAAACGUCCGAUUCCUAUUAUAAUUGAACCUGGACUUAUACAGGACUUAUUGUGGGCUGAUCCAAAUUUGUUGCCAAGUAACGAAGGAUUCGUACACAAUUACUUUCGGAAUUGUUCAGUCCUCUUUAGUGAAGAGGCGUUAAAGAAGACGAUGUCUUCUCUAAAAAUUAGUCUGAUAAUACGUGCUCACCAGGUUGCUCAGUAUGGCUAUGAUAUGUUCUGUGGCCAAAAGAUGGUUACUAUAUUCUCUGCUGCUCGGUAUCAUCCAGAGUUGAAUAAUUGGAGUGCUGUGGCAAGUAUUAGUGCCGAUUUGGAGAUUUUCUUCGUACUAACUCGUCCAGAUGAAGUAAAAAAUGAGCAAUUCUAA